AUGAAGUUCUUCCAGGUUUUGACAUUGGUUGCCCAAUUGACCGUCGGCGUGCAGUCGCAUAACCCUUAUCGACGCGCUCAAGAAUCCAAUGACUUGAGCAUCUCUCUCGCUCAAGUUCCUGGAAAGCCAAGCGAGGUCAAGGCUACUAUUACUAACAAUGGAGACUCUGAUUUGAGCCUGUUGAAGAUUGGCACUAUCCUCGAUGAGCGACCUGUGAAGAAGCUGACUGUGACCAAUGAGAACGGUGACGAUGUUCCUUUCAUGGGUAUCAGCUUGAGCAUCUACUACGAUGGCCUCAAGACCAAGGACUACGAACAUUUGGCUGCUGGAUCCUCUAUCUCUCGAACUGUGGACCUUUCCGUUACUCACGACUUGAAGCCAGGCACCUACUCUGUCUUUGUCGAUGGCAGUCUUCCCGCAGUUUCCGGUAAAGACAAAAAGUCCACUUCCAUCAAGAUCAGAUCGUCGCCCAUCUCUGUCAAGAUCAGCAAGGCGUCUUCAGCCAAGGCAAUGCAAUCCAAGCGAGCCAUUGUCGAAUCAGAGGGAUGCGAAGCCGAUAAGCUCGAGGCCAACCAGAACGCAGUAAAGAACUGUGUGUCUCUUGCUAAGGCUGCCGCUGCCGAUGCUGCCGAUCCGCAAUCAGCCCGAUUCGUGGAGUACUUCAAGGCCAACGACACUGAGUCCCGAAACCACGUUUCAGGCCGUCUAUUGGCCGUUGCCGAAGAAUGCGCCGAUUCCAAGAGCGAAAACACGCGAGUCUUCUGCAAGGACGAUGCAGGCUACUGCGAAAGUGCCGGUCCUUUGAUUGCUUACACGACUUGGGUUAACGGUUACAUUGUUAUGUGCCCUCUUUUCUAUACGUGGCAGGGACCUCUUCCAACCCAGUGCCACAAACAGGAUCAUGCCAGCACGAUGAUUCAUGAGAUGACCCAUGCUAGGACCGUUUAUGAGCAGGAGGUUUCGACUCAGGACUAUGCAUAUGGCUACGAGAACUCGACUGCCUUGGAUCCCUUGUCUUGUCUUUACAAUGCUGAUUCGUAUGGACUGUAUGCCAGUGCUGUUUACCUUGACUGCUAA